AUGGUGACCACUCGCGGAAACGGAAGCCGAGGAGAGCGGAAGAUGAGGACCGGUCACAUCACCGAAAACGGCAUCAUGACGACGACCGAGAUCGGGACGAUAAGAGGGUGGAAGGAAAGGGGGACAAACGGAGCCACCAUACGUCUCGCAGCAAUGGCAGGCGCGAAGGCGAGCAGCAGGAGGAAAAUGGGGAGCAGAGCCGACACCACAGAAGCUCCAGGAAGCACAGAAGCCGACAUUCUCAUCGCUCUCGGCGUGACAGCCGAUCUAAAUCGCUCAGCAAUAGCGAUACGGACAUGGACGAAGAACGCCGACAGGCUAAUAAACGUCGACGGGAUCGACACGAACGCAGCAGGCGAGACGAGCGACCAAGGCACAGCAACCGGUCACGGUCACGGUCACCCAAGACUCAGCCGCGACAAAGUGACGCCUGGCAAGGCAGAAGCAGCAGCGGACUCCGACUCGGACUCCGACCCGCUGUCUGAGUUUGUGGGGCCCCUGCCAGCUUCGGACUCGCGUUCUGCAGCGGCAACCGUGCGCGUUCGCGGCCGUGGAACCGUGGCUGGAGCAUCCAGCAUGGACCUACACUUCUCCGCCGACUACGACCCCUCCCAGGACGUGGGACAGCCGGAAAGCGCCUACGCUGGCGACACGCCCACCGUCGAAGACGCCCGGGCAGAGAUGCAACGCGACCGGCAGAGCAUGUUGCGAGAGGGUGCGGCACGGCUUAAGGCAGCCGGGUUCACCGACCGUGAAAUUGCCAUCUGGACGCGGGGCGGCAAGAGAGACGUGGCAGACAUCCAGUGGACCAAAAAAAGAUGA